UUUCAUAUUAUUUUAAACUCCAAAUCCUAUGUAUAUCUCAAUCAUUUUAAACUUCAUGAUAAAUUAGUUUUAUAUUCGGACUAACUAUUUUUAACUUGUAAUUUUACUCUUCAUAUGUUUUAUUUUAACAUUCACACUCAGUAUCUGAUUUUUAAUAAAUAUGCUCAAUGUACAAUAUCUUAACACUUGAAAUAGGUUCCAUUAAUUUAAAUGGAUACACUGAAAUAUUUUUAUAAAAAUGCAUCGCAUUCUACGGCCAAAAAGAUUUAUUCUAGUAAGAAUAACGUGUAUUUCAUUUUAAAAGGAUUGUCACAUGAAUCCACUGCAACUGCCAUAGAGUAUGAUGUUUGGGGCACAAGAUCAUCCGUUGAAAGAACAUUGAUGAAACACUAUGAUAACGGAUUCAACGUUAUUCUCAUAUUCCCGUUGUUCGCCACGAACACGCUGAUGGGAUACGCCUUGAUGAAGUCAAGACCUGGUGAAUACUCAAAGUCAAAGAGUAAAUUUUCCAGCGUUAAGUUUGAUGGUCCGCUGUUUGACAUUUCCUGGGUAAGGUUGCUGGACCUGAAUCCACCUGAUUAUAUCCACAUUUCAAAGUAUUUCACAAACGUGCCGCUUGUUAAUUUGAAAGAUGGGCAUGAACUUGAUAAAAACACAGGGUAUGACCUGUGUAGAGUAUUUGAAAAAAGGUUUCAACGGACGUUGGACACCUUUAAAGGGUUCCCCAAACCUCUCCUACCUGUUCCAGUGAAACCAAACUCUGAAGUCUCACCUAAAUUCAUAAACUCAAAGAACCAACUUGAAUUAUUUCCCACGGUUCAAAAGAGUUUGAAGCUCAAGGGCGCCAACGUCUACUCACUUGAUAUGGCUUCUGAGUUUAAUCCUUCUCUCCUAAUAUUUCCUAUUGAUAUCUCUAACAUGUCAUAUGAUACAUAUAUAUCCCUAUAUAACACAUCUCAUAACUACUGGAUUGAAAUUCCAGAAGAUUUUGAUAUUUCGUCUCUUACCAGCCCUAGCUGAUAUUCAGUUUACAGUUUUAGUUGAUUGUGUGUACCAUUUGCUAGUUAUAGAGAAAGGUUAUUUGUAUAUUUUAACGCUUUAAGAUGUUUUCAAAGUUCAAGUUCAUUAAAAGUUCGAUUCCCACAAGGUAUUGGACUAGGUGUGGAUUUACUGACACCACCCAUUUAUCGAACAGGAACUUUACCUCAUCAGAUCUAAGGAGUAAGAAACUAAUUUUCAGAGCUAAAAACACGGGAAUGAAGGAACUGGAUAUUAUUUUAUCAGAUUUUAUUAGGGAUAAUCCAGACGUGCUUGAGUCACACCACAACGAGUUCGAGUCGCUGUUGGAUAUGGAAACUUGUCGCAUUUAUGACAUUGUAAUGGGCAAAACGCAUUGUGAUUUGCCUUUUUAUAGAAGAAUUUCUCAUUUCGCAUUAAAUAAAACUAAGUCUAAUAACUAAUUUUCUCCAUUUUAA